AUGGGUGGCUUUUAUAUGCAGUAUCUCGAGAGCCUAUGCCGCCGAAGAGGGUGGCGAGAUCCUUCGUACGAAUGCUACCGUGACUCCAGUGGCUAUACCUGCCUGGUUCUGGUCAACGGGCGCGAGUACCAGACAGAUCUUGCAUACGAAUCGGACGGCCUCGCCCAGGAGAAUGCAGCCAUGAGGGCCUUCAUGGUGUGCCGGAACUUUUCCGUCAAUGGUGGGAUGCUCGCCCGCAACGGCAUUGUCCAGGGUCUUCCGGCCAGUGAGACGGGCAAGCACUCGUCGCGCUCCAAGAAGUCUCGCCACAGCUCCUCCAGUGGCCACAGGAGCCAUGGAAGCCACGGGAGACACGGCCACCACUCGAGCUCCAGCUCGACGGCUUCCUACGACUGA